AUGAGGUUCUCAACUGCCGCUUUCUUUGCCAUUGGCCUUUUGGCUGGCAACGUCAUUUCCGCCCCCGCGGUCCAAGGAAACGAUGUUGCCCUCCCGAUCGAAGUCCGUGCAGAAGACUUCGUCGCAAACGACGCCGCCCACCUCGAGGCCCGAGCGAAGAAGAAGAGGGCUGCCGGAGCGGCGGCCAAGAAGAACAAUGGCGCUGCCGCUGCCAAGGCGAACGCCGCCAACGCUGCCGCGGCAAAGAAGAAUACCGGUGCUGCAGCGGCCGCGAAGAAGAACAACGGCGCUGCCGCUGCUGCCAAGAAGAAGAACGCCAAUGCGGCAAAGAAGAAUGCAAACGCGAAGAAGAAUGCCAACGCUGGUAACAACGCCAAUGCGGGCAACAAUGCCAACGCUGGCAACGCGAAUGCAGGCAACGCCAACGGUGCCAAGGGCAAGGGCAAGUCCCAAGCCGAGUUCUCUGGCUUGGCCUGCACCGAUGGGAAGGGGGCUGGUGCUUGCAACGCCAACGGCCAGUGUGCCGUCAAUGGCAAGACGACUGCUAUCGCUGGCCAGUGUGGUCAGGCAGCGAAGAAGGCCAACAAGCGCUACGUCUCAGAUGUCACCCACCUCAUUUGA